CAUUUUUUAGAUUGUCACUGCUUUGGAUGACUCAAAUCCAAACGAAAUGAGUGACUUGGAAGCUGGAAAGAAUGAAGAAACUCAACAAUUUGAAAGCAAGAUUGAUUGGGAAUUAUUGUUGAAUGCAGCAAAUGACCCGGUUCUUAACGAAUUACUUCAAUCACCGGUCGAUGAUGCAAUCAAGAUUCUCAAGACAGGACGAGAAAUUCAGAAACUAUCGAUAAUUCGAACAUUAAGCGAUUUGCUAGAAACCGAUGGUGAUGAAACAGUCGAAAAGAUCAUGCCAAUCGUUCAGGAAAUGCUGAAUGCAGAAUGUUCGAAUUUGGAUGUACAAUGUGAAGCAGCUGUUACCUACAAAAACAUUUAUCGAAAUAGCAAACUUAUCGCUCAUGUUCCAGGUAUUGGUGAUGUGAUCCUCAAUGGUAUAUUACAGAAUGCAACGCAACAAAAAGACAAUUUAACGGCAGCAGCAUGGUUAGAAACGCUUGUUGAAGUGAUUGAUCAAAUACCUGUAUCGCAACUCAAACAGAUUGUUGUACCAUUAACUAUUUCACAAGCUGAAACGUCACAGCGAGCACAGCGACGUGUACUAGCAACCAAAUUAGUUGAUAAAUUGUGUACAAAUUUGGAACCCAUCGAUAUUCGACGUGACAUCAUACCCUGUGUACAAAUGCUUUGUAAUGAUCCGAAUUCAAAUGUACGAAGCUCCAUGGCUCAACACCUGGCAGUUGUCGCCGAAUCGUUGAGGAAUCCGAGUGAUUGUGGGUCAGCAUUGGUGCCGUGUUUGGUGCAGCUGUGUAAGGAUACUGAAGUUGGAACACGUGAGGCGGCAUUGAACACCAUCGCUUUCUGCAUCCCAUUCUUAUCAAAAGAUCAACGGAAAUGUUCGAUAGUUCCGCUCUUGAGACGUUCCACCGAACAAGCAAUAAGUGCUCAGGAUGAAACGCUCAAUGUAGUGGCUAAAAAUCUUGGCCAAUGGAUCGAUUUAUUACAGAAUGUGUUGACAGCACGAGACCACAACUGGUUUUUAGAUACUUACGUUCGAAUUACCAAUCUGUCACGGUAUUCCUCAUCCAGUGAUAAUAAUAACGCUCUAUCGAAUAUUCAAACAUCUGUCAGACGCAUGUGCGCCUACAAUUUCCCUUGUAUGGUAUUGAAAUAUGGUAAAGAUUUCUUCAAAGAUCGUCUAUUACCAAUUUUGGAAGGUUUUUGUUGCGACCCAGACGAUGAUAUUCGAUCUGCAACAGCUGCGGGAUUUCAUGAGGUUGUAAAAUUGUUGCCGAAUGAACCAUCUCUUCUACCACCAUUUUUCGAAUUGAUUCGUGGAAGUCCUGCUGAAGUUGUUGGACAUUUGAUGGGUAGUCUUGAUCGAAUUCUUCCAGCACUCUACAAAUGUGUUUCUGAGCAAAAUAAUUGUAAAAUCAGCAGAUUACAGUUGGAUCAUAUAAUAAUAGGAUGCAAUCGACUAAUACGUAGAACUAGUUCCUGGCGGGCGCAACAUUCCUAUCUACAAAAUAUUGCCGUGCUACGACAUUUGAUUCCCGUCAAAGAUCUCUUUAUCUCUUUUGUUCCGAUGCUUAAACAGGAGGUGCUGACGACGCGCGCGAUUCCAUGUCGUGUCGCUGCUUCGGUUACACUUCUUCUGUUCAUGCGAGAAAAUCCAAGCGAAGCUGAUCGCCAGUCUAUCAUUGACUUCUUUGUUCACUCAGUCGCAAAGCAUCAGAAUUGUCAUCGACGUCGAUUAUUUUUGGACAUGAUUCCGGAAAUUAUCGCCAAUUUCAGCCGCAAAUUUUUCCAUGCAUAUUUUUUGACUCCAGUUUUGGGAAUGGCAAACGACAAAGUAGCAAACAUUAGAUUGCAGUUGUGCCAUAUGCUUUCAAAAAUAAAAGCAAAUUUGUACUUACCACAGGAUGAGGAGAUUUUGCGACGGGUAGAAGGAAUUAUUCGUGAUUUACUUUCCAAAGAGCAAAAUUCAUCAACACGACAGUUAAUUCAAACAUAUGCAUGUGAGCUAUCCCGGGCUGAAACCCGAAGCAAGAGUGACAAAUCGGACGAACUAAAACAAAAGGCGGAGGAUGAGAUUUGGAGUCAGAAGCAACUAGCUGUAGAAGUUCUCCAAGCAGCAGCCAACGGUACUUCAGAGCAGCGCCUCAAUGAAAAAAGGGUCAGUGACAAAGACGUUGGCCAUUUAGAUAAGGGUCCUUGGCGUACACAUAUACAGCAUCCCAAAACGGCUGUUGUUCGGCCACAACCACAAGUUGUCGUUACACAACGUAGUCCGAGCCCGAUGCCACGUAACUUCAGGACUGCAAUGGAGGAACGGAAAUCUCGACUUCCAUUAGCUACUUCACAAAAUAACAGAUAUUUAGAUCCAAAGUAUAAAACAGCAGCAAUAGCAUCAGCAGGAACAUCAGCAGUCAGAACUACUCUGCCACUGGUAAAUCGCAGAUGUAGUACCGAGGUGACAGCCAAAACUCGUCUUUCAACAGGUCGCAAAAAUUCAGGCACUUUAGCUGCAAAACCUCCGACUGGUUUAAGUGCUGAUAAUACAAAUACAUUAUCAGUGAAAGCUCGCCGUUCCUCAGUAACCACCAUAAUGUCGCGUUCAGUAUCAUGUUUAAACGGAAAAGUUGGAUUGAUGCCGUCGCAAUCGGCCGACUCAGUUACAUCGUUUGGCCAAGGGCUUAUCAAAGUCCGCAGUUUUUCAAAUAUUGCCAAAACACCGACUCAUCUGAUCAUGAAAGUAAAAAGUAUUAACUAAGUGAUACAUGCAGG